UGGCCUAUGAGACAGAGGAUCAUGGAGACUCAGUACUGCUUUCUUACAAUUAACUCAUCAUGCAUCAAGAGAGAACGCUCCACUUAUGAAUACAAUUUCAUGUACAUGUUUGUAUCAUUGCUGUCUGCAUGGACUGUGUUUCUGAAUCUGCUGGUGAUCAUCUCCAUCUCUCACUUCAAGAAGCUCCACUCUCCAACAAACCUGCUCAUUCUCUCUCUGGCUGUGGCCGACCUGCUUGUUGGACUUAUCGUUAUGCCCUUGGAGGCUAUCAAGCUGAUUGAGACAUGUUGGUACUUCGGAGACAAUUUCUGUGGACUGUAUUCAAUAUUCAUUGGGCUUCUAGUUUCAACAUCUCUUAGUAAUUUAGUUUUAAUUGCUGUUGAUCGUUACAUGGCUGUGUGUCAACCUUUACUGUACCCACAGAAAAUAACUACAACUAAAACUUUGGCAUGCAUCUGUCUCUGCUGGUUUUGCUCUUCAGCUUACAAUGCUGCUCUUGUGACCAGCAGCAGACAUUUUGACUCGCACAGAACAGAUGUGUGUUAUGGAGAGUGCACUUUUGUGAUUAGUUUUGCCUGGAGAGUCACUGAUCUGUUCUUUUCCUUACUGUUUCCAUGUACUUUGAUUAUAACUUUAUAUUUGAGGAUAUUCUAUGUAGCACAAAUGCAAGUCAAAAUUAUAAACUCUCUGGUGAAGGGAGGAAAACAUGUAACAGAAGGCUCCGUGAGAAGAAAAUCUGAGAGCAAGGCUGCUAUGACAUUAGGACUCAUUGUGACAGUUUAUCUGAUUUGUUGGAUUCCAUACUUUAUUUUGUCUCUAUCAGAAAAUGCAGAAAUGGCUUCUACCACAACUAUUCUAUUAUGGAUUUUGUAUGCAAACUCUGGUCUGAAUCCUCUGAUCUAUGGUUUGUUCUACCCCUGGUUUAAAUUGUCAGUUAAACGCAUUCUGACUUUUAAAAUAUUUCAACAAGGAUCGUCUCUGGUGGACUGUUUUAAUGAUUAG